CGCGCAGCAGCAGCGCGGUACGCCCCCAAGUGCCCCGCGCAGGAGCUGGCCGUCAGCAAACUCUUCGGGAUCGUCUCCUGCUCCCACUUUGUCUUUUCUUUCUUCGGAGGUUUGCUGCUGGACUCUGUGGGGCCGCGGCUGACAGCAGCAGCAGGUUUGCUGGCAGCACUGGGGGGCUGGCUGCUGCUGGCGCUGUCUUCUGCUGCAGCAAAUGGCUUUGUUGCUGCUGCAGUGCUUAUUGGGGCUGGGGUGGACACCGCCUUUUUGCCGUGUCUCUCUGUGGCACAGCUUUUCCCCAGCCGCAGCAGCAGCACAAUAUCUGUCUUCGGCUGCUGCAGGGCUUUGUCCUUUUUGCUGCCGCUUGCUGUUCGUGCUGCAGUGGUGCAGCAGCAAGUUGCCACCUGCCGCCAGGCCCUGCUGCUCUACGCCUGCUUCUGCUUCGUUUUUUGUCUCUUUGUUGCUGUCCUUUUUUUGCCCCCGAAGCCCUUUACUGGCCCGCAGCAGCAGAAGCAGCAGCAGCAGCAGCUGCAGCAGCAGCAGCUGCAGCACGAGGGCUGGGUGGUGGAGGUGCAGCAGCAGGAAACGCCGUCCCAGGGGGACCGCCCCACGCUGAGCGCCGCAGAAACGGGAGAAAGCUGCGAACUUGCAGCAGCAGCAGCAGCAACGGCAGCAGCAGCAGCAGACUCUCCCCCCUCACCGCUGCCAGUGCCCUCAGACGUAGCAGCAGCCACAGCAGCAGCACCAACAUCAGCACCACCAGCAGCACCAGCAGCAGCAGAAGCAGCACCAGCACCAGCAGCACUAGCACCAGCAGCAGCAGCGGCACCGGCGCUAUCACCAGAACCAGCAGCAGCAGCAGCAGCAGCACCGGCGCUAUCACCAGAACCAGCAGCAGCAGCAGCAGCAGCAGCAGCAGCAGCAGCAGCAGGUCCGAGCCUGCGGUCGGAGUGCUGCUCGAGUUUGUACUUGCCGCUGCUGCCUUACUUUUGCUUCACAGUGACGAACGCUGUGGGGUUUGCUCCUGCUGCGCUGCACCUGCUGCCAGCAGCUUACGAGUUCAGCCAAGUUGCAAUAACCCUUUCUUUUCUUUUUAGUCCCCUUUUUGGGGUUUUGGCGGACCUUUUGGGGGUUUUGCCGGUGAUGUUUGUGGUGAGCAGCUGCGGGCUGCUGAGCUACGUUUGCUGCUGCUUCCCGCUGCUGCCUGCUGCAGCGCUGCUGCAGCACGCCUCCCCGCUGCUGUUCGCGCUGCACUGCUCCUUCUUAAUGAGCCAGCUCUACGCUUUUGCUGCUGCUAACUUCUCCCCACAAAACACUGGCAAACUUGUGGGGUUUGUGUCUGCUGCUGCUGGUCUUUUUUCCCUUUUGGGGGCCCCCCUGAGGGCCCUCGCGCUGCAGCACGGCUUCCUGCUGCUCUGCUACGUUGCUGUUGCCUUCGGCCUCGCCAACUACUUCAUGCUGCUGCUGCUGCUGCUCGCCUCCAGGCGCAAACGCCGCCAACAGCGACAGCAAGCCCUGCUGCAGCAGCAGCAGCAGCUGCAGCUGCAGCAAAGCGCGCGGCAGCCAGCCGGCGGCCCAGCCAGCAAAGGCCCGUACUCGACGGACCUUGAGGUCUAG